CUUGUGUUGUUUUAAAUCUAGUUUGAUUAAAUAAAAAAAAUGAACACGUUUAACAUUUGGAUUUUAACGAUGAAUGUAAUAAUAAUAAUAAUAAUACACCUGUUGCAUCCAAUGUUGGUUGAAUCAUUUGAAUGUAAUAGUAAUAAUUGUUAUGAAUGUACGACAAAUACGAUAAUUUGUACGGACAAUAAUUUGGAUCAAAUUCCAAUGGUUUCACCAUUUGUCAUCCACUUAAAUUUAAGCCAUAAUGUAAUUAGAGAAUUGAAACAAAAACAAUUUGCUCAUCUUCCCAUAUUGAACAAUCUCGAUUUAUCAUAUAAUCAUAUUAAGACGAUACCUGAUCGUGUUUUUGCUGGUUUAGGAAGUUUGAAAAAAUUGUUCCUAAAUCAUAAUCAAAUAACUGUGAUCGAUCGUUAUGGUUUCAGAAAUUUACAUGAACUUGAAGAAUUACAUCUUCAUUCGAAUUUUCUUGGUCUUCAUUUUGACGGAAACAUCUUUAAAGAAUUAUUCCAUCUAAAAUAUUUGUCAAUUUUGCCGCUAAAAAAUGAUUAUAACAAUGUAAAAUCAUUACAAAACGAUAUCGAAUACAUUUGUGAUCGUAAAUCAUUAGUGAUAAAAAACAAUGAAGAAUCUUUAGUCUUUUGUAAGAAAUUAAAAAUUCAUGAUAAUAUAAAUUAUUCGCAUGGUAAUUUCCCACGAAACACAGUCUAUAAAAAUUCAGAAUAAUGAUGACGCUGAUGUCAUCGUGAAACAACAACA